CACAUUUGUAUGAUGUCAACAUGAUGGAGCAGUAUAAAGGAGCUGCUUUUGGAGAGCUAAGUCCCCAUCUUUUUGCUGUUGCAGAUACCUGUUACAGAUCAAUGAUAAAUGAACAGGGAAGCCAGUCUAUCUUGGUAAGUGGAGAAAGUGGAGCUGGAAAAACUGAGACAACAAAAAUGCUAAUGAGAUAUCUUGCUUUCAUGGGUGGUAGAUCAGGUACUGAAGGAAGAACAGUUGAACAACAAGUUCUUGAAUCCAACCCUGUUUUGGAAGCAUUUGGCAACGCUAAAACUGUGAAAAACAACAACUCAAGUCGUUUUGGUAAAUUUGUAGAAAUCCAAUUCGAUAAGCAUGGAAAAAUCUCUGGGGCUGCAGUUCGAACAUACCUACUUGAAAGAUCACGUGUUUGCCAAGUUUCUGAUCCAGAAAGGAAUUACCAUUGUUUUUACAUGCUUUGUGCAUCACCUCCUGAGGAUGUGAAGAAAUACAAACUUGGAGACCCAAGAACAUUCCACUAUCUGAACCAAACAAAUUGUUAUGAAGUGGCAAAUGUAGAUGAUGCAAGAGAGUAUCUAGAAACCAGGAAGGCCAUGGAUGUUGUUGGGAUACACCAGGACGAACAGGAAGCUAUAUUCCGAGUGGUUGCUGCAAUACUUCAUCUGGGGAACAUUGACUUCAUCAAAGGGAAGGAUGUUGACUCUUCAAAAGUGAAAGAUGAGAAAUCACUCUAUCAUCUCUGGACAGCUGCAGAGUUAUUAAUGUGCAAUGAGAAGGCACUGGAAGACUUGCUCUGCAAGCGUGUAAUAGUAACUCCAGAUGGAAACAUCACCAAACCACUGGAUCCAGCUGCAGCUGCCACUAGUCGUGAUGCUCUGGCAAAGACCAUAUACUCCAGAUUGUUUGAUUGGAUUGUGGACAAGAUAAAUAGCUCCAUCGGGCAAGAUCCUGAAGCAAAAAGCAUAAUAGGAGUUCUUGAUAUUUAUGGCUUUGAAACCUUCAAAAUCAACAGUUUUGAGCAGUUAUGCAUAAACCUGACAAAUGAGAAGUUGCAGCAGCAUUUUAAUCAGCAUGUAUUCAAGAUGGAACAAGAAGAAUACACAAGGGAGGAAAUUGACUGGAGUUAUGUAGAAUUUGUAGACAAUCAAGAUGUUCUGGAUCUUAUUGAGAAGAAACCUGGUGGCAUAAUUGCACUUCUUGAUGAAGCCUGCAUGUUUCCCAAGUCAACUCAUGAGACAUUUGCACAGAAGAUGUACCAGACAUACAAAGCACACAAACGCUUCAGCAAGCCAAAACUAGCUCGAACUGAUUUCACAAUUAAUCAUUAUGCUGGUGAUGUUAUUUACCAAGCAGAUCAAUUCUUAGACAAAAACAAGGAUUAUGUUAUUGCAGAACAUCAAGAUCUAUUGACUGCCUCAAAAUGCCCUUUUGUUGCAAAUCUCUUUCCGUCUUUACCAGAGGAAACAUCUAAGCAAUCCAAGUUUUCUUCCAUCGGUACCCGCUUUAAGCAACAGCUACAAUCUUUAAUGGAAACCUUGAAUACGACAGAGCCACAUUAUAUCAGAUGCAUAAAGCCUAAUGCAGUGUUGAAGCCAGGGAUAUUCGAGAAUUACAAUGUCUUAAACCAGUUGAGAUGUGGGGGCGUCUUAGAGGCAAUUAGGAUAAGUUGUGCAGGAUAUCCAACAAAGAGAACAUUCGACGAGUUUCUUGACCGCUUUGGUAUGUUAGCUGCAGAUGUUCUAGAUGGAUAUGAGGAGAAAUCAGCAUGUAUUGCAAUUUGUGACAGAAUGGGCUUAAAGGGCUAUCAGAUUGGCAAAAGUAAGGUAUUUCUCAGAGCUGGGCAGAUGGCUGAGCUGGAUGCUCGAAGAGCUGAAAUUCUGGCUCUUGCAGCAAGGCGAGUCCAAAGGCAAAUCCGGACACACCUUACCAGGAAGGAGUUCAUUACUCUACGAAAGGCAGCAAUUGAUACCCAAAAACUUUGGAGAGCACAAAUUGCACGUAGACUUUAUGAUUUCAUGAGGAAUGAAGCAGCUUCAAUCCGCAUACAAAAACAUGAACGUGCUCGUGCAGCAAGAAAAUCUUACACAACACUAGUGUCUCGGAGAGAAAUGGCUGAAGGAAAGGAGGUCAACAUCAUGUCCGUGGAGCAAGCGAUUCAGAGAGAAUUGGCAUAUAGGAAAAAGAUUGCUUACUUCUUGUCUGAGGCAGAAUUUGCAGAACUGUUACCUUUGGAGGUGAGAACUCAGACUCUACAUUUUCUUAUGCUGCUUAUUGUCAGUCUUUCUGUUGUAAUUGUUUGUGCUCUAAUUACUCGUGUGUUCCUCAAAAUUGACGCUAUUUUAUUGAUUGCUGAACCUAUAGAACUGCUGGCUUAUCACAAAUGA